UUCCCAUGAGUCUUUGCGUCUGCUCUUUGCUUGUGGUGCUAGCUGUUCAGUUAGCUAGCUAGCUAUUAUAGAUACAAGUUGUCAACACGUUUCUCAUUCGGUAUCUAAAUCUAAACCUACCGCGACAAUGAAAGAUGUUACCGGGUAUCUCAAAACGCAACAGAGCAUCAGUUCGACUCCGGAGAUGGCAUCGGAAUGGCACACACUAGAGGAGUUUUACAACAAAAAGUUGUGGCAUCAGUUGACCCUAAAGCUCACAGACUUUGUAAAAGACCCUUGCUUUGCCACAGGAGAUGGCCUCAUACAACUGUACGAUAACUUCCUCAGUGACUUUGACCACAGAAUCAACCCCCUGUCUCUGGUGGAGAUCAUCCUGUAUGUUGCCAGACAGAUGACCGAUCCUAAAGAUGCUAUCACUUUCCUUGAGAAGACGAAGGAGAAGGUGAAGAGCAACGAUGAGUCGGUCAUUCUGUGCAAGACAUCUAUUGGAGCCCUUAAACUGGAGAUAAAUGACCUUCCAGCCACAAAGAUAUUAAUUGAGGAGGUGGAGGAGACGCUGAAUAACUUGCCGGGUGUGACGUCAGUCCACGGGCGAUUCUACGACCUGUCCAGCAAAUACUACCGCAUUGUGGGGAACCACGCCUCUUACUACAAGGACGCUCUGCGCUACCUCGGCUGUGUCGACAUCAAAGACCUGCCAGAGACAGAGAAGCAGGAGAGGGCUUUCACACUGGGUCUGGCUGGACUCUUAGGAGAAGGAGUUUACAACUUCGGAGAGCUGCUGAUGCACCCAGUACUGGAGUCCCUAAGGAGCACAGACAAGCAGUGGCUGAUAGACACAUUGUACUCCUUCAACGGAGGCAACGUGGAGAAGUUCCAGGCCUACAAGUCUGCCUGGGGAGCGCAGCCUGACCUGGCAGCCAACGAAGCCAAACUGAUGCAGAAGAUUCAGCUGUUGUGUGUGAUGGAGAUGACGUUCACUCGUCCCGCCAACAACAGACAGCUGACCUUCCAUGAGAUUGGACAGAGUGCCAAGAUCCCCGUGAACGAGGUGGAGCUGCUAGUGAUGAAAGCUCUGUCUGUGGGUCUGAUCAAAGGAAACAUUGACGAGGUGGACCAGAAGGUUCAGAUGACCUGGGUGCAGCCCCGAGUACUGGACCUGCAGCAGAUCAAGGGCAUGAAGGACCGGUUGGACCUCUGGUGUGGGGAUGUGAAAAACAUGGCUGUGUUGGUGGAACAGCAGGCCCACGAUAUCCUCACCUAGACAGCCCCCCCCCCCCUUGGUUUAGCAUCACUUAGACAGGUCUCCUCCCCUUGGUUUAGCCUCACCUAGACAGGUAUCCUCCCUCUGGUCUCCUCUAUGGCCCUGUCCAGAACAACCCCCUAACCUCUAGACACUUGUAGAGAUCAGAAGAUUUAUUUGAUAGGUUUAUGCAGUAUGAUGAUAGUACCUUGCCCUCUGAUAGUCUAGGUAGAGUUUUGGCCAUAUUGCUUACACCAGUCAGAUCCUCUCAGACAAGGGUCUAAGGUGUAGGUGCCAGGAUGUUCUUCUGGACAGGGCCCUUCUCCCAGCCUGUUCACCCCUAGAACAGACACCAUCACAGGAAUCCUCUCAGACAAGGGUCUAAGGUGUAGGUGCCAGGAUGUUCUUCUGGACAGGGCCCUUCUCCCAGCCUGUUCACCCCUAGAACAGACACCAUCACAGGAAUCCUCUCAGACAAGGGUCUAAGGUGUAGGUGCCAGGAUGUUCUUCUGGACAGGGCCCUUCUCCCAGCCUGUUCACCCCUAGAACAGACACCAUCACAGGAAUCCUCUCAGACAAGGGUCUAAGGUGUAGGUGCCAGGAUGUUCUUCUGGACAGGGCCCUUCUCCCAGCCUGUUCACCCCUAGAACAGACACCUUCACAGGAAUCCUCUCAGACAAGGGUCUAAGGUGUAGGUGCCAGGAUGUUCUUCUGGACAGGGCCCUUCUCCCAGCCUGUUCACCCCUAGAACAGACACCUUCACAGGAAUCCUCUCAGACAAGGGUCUAAGGUGUAGGUGCCAGGAUGUUCUUCUGGACAGGGCCCUUCUCCCAGCCUGUUCACCCCUAGAACAGACACCUUCACAGGAAUCCUCUCAGACAAGGGUCUAAGGUGUAGGUGCCAGGAUGUUCUUCUGGACAGGGCCCUUCUCCCAGCCUGUUCACCCCUAGAACAGACACCUUCACAGGAAUCCUCUCAGACAAGGGUCUAAGGUGUAGGUGCCAGGAUGUUCUUCUGGACAGGGCCCUUCUCCCAGCCUGUUCACCCCUAGAACAGACACCUUCACAGGAAUCCUCUCAGACAAGGGUCUAAGGUGUAGGUGCCAGGAUGUUCUUCUGGACAGGGCCCUUCUCCCAGCCUGUUCACCCCUAGAACAGACACCAUCACAGGAAUCCUCUCUUCGUUCCUCUACCUACCCAUCUCCCAGAAGGACUGAUGCAUCCAACUUUUUCCGUUUAUUUUAUUUGUGUUUUUGUUGGGGUUCUGUGUACGUUCUUGUUACUUUAUAGCAGGAAAUAAAUCAAAUAAAACAUUGUUCAAUUUUGAAAUAAAAAUGACAAAUGCUUGUUGAUGAAACAUUACCUUUCAAGCAUGAA